GAGGGCUCGGAGCUCGCAACUGACUCUUUCCCUUGCCCACCUCGGGUCCACGGACGCAACUCUCGCUUCCCCUCCUCCCCUCGUGCUCCUGGGUCUGAGCCCAGCUGGCGAUCAUCAGGCGGAGGAAGCAGUCGAGCGGCGGCCGAGGCUGAGCAUCAGCGCGCUCGCUCCCUGAUUUGGGGAGAAGCGCCCAUCCCGGAGAGCCGACCCCCAGCCGCCUCCAGCGCCCCCCACCUUUUGCACCCCAAGUCAGGGGUUCCAAGGACCCCUCUCCCCAGGCGCCACCAUGCUAGACCCUUCUUCCAGCGAAGAGGAAUCGGAUGAGAUCGUGGAGGAGGAAAGCGGCAAGGAGGUGCUUGGCUCGGCCGCGUCCGGGGCGCGCCUGUCUCCCAGUCGCACCAGCGAGGGCUCGGGCGGCGGCGCCGGGCUGGGGAGCGGCGGCGGUGUCGGCCGGCCCUCCAGCCCCAGCCCGUCGGUGGUAAGCGAGAAGGAGAAGGAGGAGUUGGAGCGGCUGCAGAAGGAGGAGGAGGAAAGGAAGAAGAGGCUGCAGCUCUAUGUGUUCGUGAUGCGCUGCAUCGCCUACCCCUUCAACGCCAAGCAGCCCACCGACAUGGCUCGGAGGCAGCAGAAGAUCAGCAAGCAGCAGCUGCAGACUGUCAAGGACCGGUUUCAGGCUUUCCUCAAUGGGGAAACCCAAAUCGUGGCUGACGAAGCCUUUAUGAAUGCUGUUCAGAGUUACUAUGAGGUCUUCCUGAAGAGUGACCGCGUGGCCCGCAUGGUACAGAGUGGGGGCUGCUCCGCCAACGACUCUCGAGAGGUUUUCAAGAAGCACAUCGAGAAACGGGUACGCAGCCUGCCUGAGAUCGACGGCCUCAGCAAGGAGACAGUGUUGAGCUCCUGGAUGGCCAAGUUUGAUGCAAUCUACCGCGGGGAAGAGGACCCCAGGAAGCAGCAGGCCCGGAUGACCGCCAGUGCAGCUUCCGAAUUGAUUCUGAGCAAAGAGCAGCUCUACGAGAUGUUCCAGAACAUUCUUGGGAUCAAGAAGUUUGAACAUCAGCUCCUGUACAAUGCGUGCCAGUUCUACUCUUUGAGAACAGCAUUUCUGGCUAUGCCCUUAUUUAUCCCACCUGAAGCUCCUGGAAACAUCAAUAGCAUGACCCUAAUCUUCUUCUCAGCUGUCAUUUCCUGGACAGCAAGAAUCACAUACAAACUCCAGCUAAUGGAAGAUGACACUCUUCUCUUCAUUUUUCUUCUCUGA